AUGCCGGGAGUACCAUCAGGUAGGGCAUGCGAUGCCUGCCGGAGGCAGAAAAAAAAGGUAAUUCUUAUCUUGCAUCACGCGGACGGUAUCUAUAUAGCAUCAAUCGAUGAAUGUGACGAGGCGCAGCCUACCUGUGGCCGUUGUCUCCGCCUAAAGAUUGGAUGCCAAGGUUCGGGCAAAAGGCGCUUCAAAUUUCAAGAAGAGAGACCAUUUGAGAAAAGAGUCAUCGCUGGACAACAGGUCAAAGCUUUGCAAACAGCCCCGUACUCAGCGUCGACUCAUCUGAUUGGUACUUCCCGAGCACAUGAGAAAUCAGGUGCCUGCUGGCUCAUCCCCAGCGAUCUGACUGGCAGUACGAAGCAAUUAGCAUCUGCCUUCCUCCAGACGAUCGAUUACACCACCGAUUUUCGGUGGAACAUCGGCUGGAGCUUUGGCCCAUAUCUCUAUGAAAUUCCCCGCCGCCUCGGCUCGAAUGAGGCCCUGGAUCGUGCCGCCGAAGCACUGACCAGUGCUCAUGCCGAUCUUUGCAGUCGCCAGCAUGGGAAAAUGCACACGCUGGCCAAAUAUACAGCCGCAUUACGCACACUUCGAGCGUACUUGGAAGACCCAGUCCAUGCGCAUCAGACCAACACGUUCGCCGCGGUGAUGCUUCUGCUGAUCUGCCACACAAUGAUUGGACAACGCAACAGUGUGGAAUGGUCUGGACAUGCAAACGGUGCGAUUCAAAUUCUCAAGGCUCGUAGGAAUUUGAGGCCUCGAGAUCCCUUUGAAGCUCAGAUGCAGCUUUCUCUGUCGGGAACUGUGCUAUUUGAAAACAUCUUCAACAAAAAAAUGGAGCUCGGCCAAGAAGAGUGGGAAGCACUCAUCAUCCUCAAAUACGACGUCAAUAAGCCCGAAGGACGCCUGCUUCUGGCCCUCUCACGAGUCAAAGACGUCAUGUCGCGUGCUAAAUUACUUCUCUACACGGGAACCGAUACCACUGGUAUCCUCGACGAGCUAUGGGCACUCUACAUCGCCUGCAAACUAGAUGUCGAUCAACUCAAGCAGGCCAGAAUGAUCACAGAUCUAUCCGCAGCUCAGCAUAUCCCGCCCGGUCCACGCAGGGAUUGGCUCGUGCGUCUUCUCACGGUAUACAAGGACCGGCUCUACGGUCUCGGGAUCGUAAUCACCCUAAUCUUCAAUAGCAUGCUCCAGUCCCUCGAUCUUCACACGGCCUCGCUACAAGCCGAUGCAUAUGCCUUCACGGAGGAGAUUCUCUUGCUCAAUGACGAAUCAGAGUGCCUGCGCCCCGUUGGAUCGGGAUACAUGAUCCUCUGCUUGACAGUAGCAUGGGUGGCGACUACCGAUCUCGUGCAGCGGGAGACGUUGACCAGAUGGCUCUAUGAGUAUCAGCAUGAUUUCAAUUUCUCGCAGUCGGUUUCUUUGCUCAAGGACUUGAAGCGGAAUUCGGAUCAUUUGAGAUUAGGCGUUGAGACCAGUCUGUCGAACAUUGUAGAUUCAACUUGGAAUGAACUCACAGUGGGGUCAUGA